AUGUGGGGUGGUGAGCCGAUUCCUGCGGAGGUGUUUGGACAGGGACCUCCGCAUUGUGCGGCCUUCAAGACGGAGCAGGUGUUGCACCGCCUUAAGCCGCUUCGUAUGCCCCCAGAUUGGCAGUAUGCGGCUCCCUCUGAGGUUAGUCGCUCCGGGUCUUGCCCUGACGGGUGGAUACCCAUUCUCGUUGAGCACGUCAAGCUCGGGUUGCGGUUUCCGCUUGAGCCCAUCUUGACCAAGGUCCUGAACUGGCUCAACUGCACUCUGGGGCGGCUUUUACCUACGAUCAUCUUUCAUUCAGUCAUGUAUCGUCUUGCUUGUGACCGUAUUAAAGAAGACCUUCCUUUGACGCAUUCAGACUGA